GAUUUUUCGGUUUUGUUUGGUCAAGAAAAAAAGUCUCUUCGAAACCCGGCGGAAAUUUGAUAUCUUCGCCGGUAAGCUAACCAUCACCCCCUUGACUCCUCGGUGAACUCAACCGCCACUACGGCGCAUUUAAGUUAGCACCGUCGCCUUACCUCUAUAAAAAAAAAUGCAUUCUUUACAGCGAAUAUUUGGAUUCGACCUUUGUCGCCUAUCGACCACCUCCCGUGUUUCUCGCCAAAUUUGUUCUUUAAAGAAGAUGAAUCCCUCCCGGAAACCUAUUUCCAGCUCUUCCGAUUAUUCUUCAUUUACUGCUCAAAACCCUUUUGGCAAAGAAUCUGCUGCUGAAGAAACAACUCAAUCUUCUGGGGCCAAAAUUAUGAAUGAGAAGCAAUUUCGGUGUGAAGAAAACUUUCCUCCUUUAUCUGUUAAUAUUGGUUCCAGUUCUAAAGGUAGGAACUUCAAUAAGUGGGGAAAAAGGACUGGUUCAGGAUUGGAACUGAGGCAGGAAGUUGUUAAUUCUUCUGAAUUUGAAGGAAUUGCAAAUGCUGUCAGCCUGCAGGAAGAACAUUCUCUGCUUAAUAGAAGCAGAACUGGGAUUAAUUCGGGAUUGCAGUCGAGUCAUGUGACUGAUAAUUCAUCUGAACAUGAGGACAGUUUAAAUGUCCCAAGCCUGCAGGAAUAUGAACACGAGGGAAUUGCGAAUAUUGCACGCCAUUCUUUGCCUCGCCAUUUUGGACAGAAGAAGGUUUAUCCUAGUGGUGUUGUAAAAAAAUCCGAGGGUUUUCCUGUGGUUGAAAGAUUCAACAUAUGCCUACCUGGAUUUAGAGAUAUCGAAACGCGAGAAGUCCUAAGACCUGGAAUGGUGUUGUUGAAACACUAUAUCUCCCUUCGUGAACAGAUUGAUAUAGUCAAGACUUGUAAUACACUUGGCGAAGGCCCUGGGGGAUUCUAUAGGCCAGGCUACAAAGAUGGAGCAAAACUUAGACUUCACAUGAUGUGUCUGGGAAUGAACUGGGAUCCUCAGACAAGAAAAUACAAUAAGCAACAUCCCGUUGAUAAUUGUGAGCCACCUGACAUUCCACUUGGAUUUUGUCUUCUGGUUCAAAGAGCAAUCAAAGAUGCACAUUGCCUUAUCGAGAAGGAAUCUGAUAUGGUCAAUCCAGAAGAUAUACUUCCUUCAAUAUCUCCGAACAUCUGCAUUGCAAACUUCUAUUCAAUACAUGGCCGACUUGGCCUCCAUCAGGAUCGAGAUGAGAGCAGAGAAAGCCUCCGUAAAGGCUUAUCGGUUGUCUCUAUGUCAAUUGGUGAUUCUGCUGAAUUCCUAUAUGGGGAUGUGAGGGAAGUUGACCAGGCCUCAAAAGUGUUGCUAGAAUCAGGGGAUGUGCUAUUAUUCGGUGGUGAAUCUCGGAUGGUGUUUCAUGGGGUUCCAUCCAUCUUUCCAUUUUCUGCUCCUGAGCCUCUUAAAUCAAAAACUGGGCUUCGACAUGGUCGUCUCAAUCUUACCUUCAGACAAUUUUGAAAACCUUGAACUAUAACUGUAAUUUAUACAUAUUCAACAUUAGCAUUAAAAUCUUCAUUGCUUUAGGAGUAAUCUGUGUUAUCUUGUCAAAAUUGUAAUACAUAAGCAAAAAUAUUUAUAUUAUUUCGAUAAGUCCAAACUGUUUGGUCCUCUAAA